AUGGCGCAUCUUUGGGCCCCUGCUCCUGAACCAGACACCGAACUGGGACGGUACCGGGUUCUCUCUUCUACUGCUGGCAUUCGUGUUUCACCACUUCAGAUCGGAACUAUGUCGAUUGGCAAUGCAUGGGAAGAAUCCAUGGGUUCGAUGACGAAGAAGGACUCCUUCAGACUUCUCGAUGCAUUCUUCGAGGCAGGCGGAAAUUUCAUUGAUACAGCAAACAAUUACCAGGACGAGCAAUCGGAGACAUGGAUUGGAGAGUGGAUGAUCCAACGUAAGAACCGUGAUCAAUUGGUAAUUGCCACCAAAUUUACAACGGACUACCGGUCAUACAAGUUGGGUAAAGGGAAGGCCCCAAACCAUUGCGGCAAUCAUAGGCGCAGUCUCAAUAUGAGUGUCCGUGAUUCAUUGAAGAAGUUGCAAACCGACUGGAUUGACAUCUUGUACGUCCACUGGUGGGAUCAAACUACAUCAAUUGAAGAGGUCAUGGAUAGUCUUCAUAUGCUUGUGGAAAAAGGAAAAGUGCUCUACUUGGGCAUUUCGGAUACACCAGCAUGGAUAGUCACAGCAGCAAACCUAUAUGCUCACAGACAAGGGAAGACUCCUUUCAGUAUCUACCAAGGCAGAUGGAAUGUCAUGUUGCGCGACUUUGAACGGGACAUCAUCCCUAUGGCACGCCAUUUUGGAAUGGCCCUUGCCCCUUGGGAUGUCAUGGGCGGCGGGAAAUUUAAAACAAAGGAGGAAAUUAAACAACGCAAAGCUCGUGGGGAGGCCCUGCGUAGCAUUCUGAGCCCGGAGCAAAGUGAAGAGGAGGAAACGAUGAGUGCAGCGCUUGAAAAAGUGGCCAAUGAACAUGGGAUCAAGUCACUCACUGCAGUUGCCCUGGCAUAUGUUAUGGCGAAAGCACCGAAUGUGUUCCCUCUUGUUGGCGGCCGCAAAGUGGAGCACCUUCACGAUAAUAUCUUGUCUCUCAAAAUACGGUUGACAGCGGAGCAGAUCAGUUACCUUGAGAGCCAAAAGCCGUUUGAUGUCGGCUUCCCAAGUAACUUUAUCGGCCCGGAUCCCAAUGUGAUUGGCAAAGCGUCUUUCCUGUUGGCUGCCAACGCCUCGUAUUCAUUUGUGCGGUCGUCCAGGUCCAUCACGAGCCCAGAAUAG